AUGAAAAUCUGUCUAUUAAUAGUGAGAAUAUUCUGUAUUAAUCUACCGAUCUUUUACAGCUUCGUGGAAUCUCAAUCAGAGCGCUUAAGUGUGGUUGGUCCAAUUGCUCACCUUGUUGCUGUAGCUGGUGAAGAUCUACUUCUGCCAUGUUUGAUCCAACCCACCACCAGUGCUGUGAAAAUGAGAGUGGAGUGGUACAGAUCAGAUAAAUCAAACGAAAUAGUGCAUGCAUAUGAGAAUAAAAUAGACAAAAAUGAAAAGCAGGCUCAGUCCUACAAAGGAAGAACAUCACUGUUCAAAGAGGAGCUACAGAAUGGCAACACUUCACUAAAGCUCUCAGCACUCCGAGGCUCUGAUGGAGGGACUUACAGAUGUUUUGUUGAGUUUAAAUCCUGGUAUGAUGACAUUACUGUUCAGGUCACAGUUGAAGCUGUUGGAAGCCACCCAGCAAUUUCCAUAGAGAAUUUUGGUUACUCAGGAGGGAUCAACCUACUGUGUGAAUCUAAAGGCUGGAACCCUGAACCCAGGGUUGAGUGGCUGGACAGAGAGGGAGCUGAUCUACCUGCUGAAGCUACACAGACACACAAAGAAGCUAAUCUAUUCAGUGUAAAACGCCAUGUCACUGUUUAUGAUCAUGAUGAAUCCAACAGAUUCUACUGCAGAUUUCAACAAAAACAUCACAUGGUAGAGGCAGACGUUAUCAUUGAUAGUCAAGUUUUUGAUGCUUGGAGAAAAGCUGUCAUCAGUAUUUCACUUUUAGCAUUGUUGACUGCUGCUGGAUUCGUUGCAGUAAUCACUUGUUUCUGUCAGAAGAAAGCACUUCAAAGAACACUGAAGAAGCAAGAUAUUGAAAAGAAAAGAAAGUAUGAAGUGGAUGUAACUCUAGAUCCAGAAUCAGCAAGUCCCAAACUCAUCUUGUCUGAAGAUGGAAAACAAGUAAAACAUGGAGACAAAAAACAGGAUCUUCCUGAUACACCAGUACGGUUUGAUCAUAGUCCCUGUGUCCUGGGAAACCAGGGGUUCUCAGAAAGAUUUUACUAUGAGAUACAAGUUGGCAAAAAAAUUAAAUGGGAUCUCGGAGUGGCCACAGAAUCUGUUAACAGGAAGGGACAGAUUUCUCUGAGCCCUGAGAAUGGAUUCUGGACUGUGGUACAUAGACUUGGCAAUGAAUAUAGAGCUUGUUUGGGUCCCUCUGUUCCCCUCAACCUGAGAAAGAAACCAGAGAAGGUAGGAGUGUUUGUGGAUUAUGAGGAGGGUCGGGUGUCUUUUUAUGAUGUAGGAAACAGGUCUCGUAUCUACUCUUUUACAGGACAGUCUUUCACUGAAAAACUCUAUCCAUUCUUUAGUCCUUGUAACAACGAACAUGGUCGGAACUCAGAUCCUCUGAUUAUCUUGCCUGUUUAG